UUUUAUUUUAAUGUAUUAUCCAUACACCAGACCCUAAUAUUAUCCUCGUCAAGCCUAUCCCCCUUAAACCUUGCCAUACAGACCCUAAUACUACCCACCUUACGUGCCACAAAGCUAUCCACAACAACCCCUCUAUUCCUCCUACAAUGGAUUUCAAAUUCCUAGAGGCAAUGUUCCUCCACCUGCUCACCCUAUGGCAAGCUAAGCGAUUCAAUCACCCAACAAGAAUUUUCAGAGUCCUGUCAGAGGAUUUGCAUCGCCUGCAAGAAAUCAUCCCAUGCAAUCUUAAUAAUAACAGCCAUAAAAUAAACCACCUCAACAAUAGUAAUUGUAAUCACCCACAAGACCUGGGUAUUUCACAUACGAAUAGGUGAUGGAGAGAAUUCAAAAAGCCAACGCUCAAUAAUCAUAUUAGCCCUAGCAAAGUAUUGAAUCUUUUAACCGUUCUAGAAUCUGCCUCUUUGCCUUAACCACAAUAGAAACCACAACCUGGCUAAAUCCAAAACCCCCAAUAAUAACAACCCAAAUAACAGUAAAUUCUGUAGUAAUAGCCAAAUCAACAACAAGUCUAACCUAACAUUACACCAAACAAACAAGUUUAAAAAUAGAUUGAAAGUCAAAUGAAACAGCCAACCCCUCCAAAGGACCAAGAACAAUAUGAAGAGGGAGAUGGAGAACUAGAAGGUAUGAUCUUCUUAUUAUGUUUCAGAGUUGGCCUUACAAUAUGAAGAUGGCUACAUUUAUAGAGGACAAGGAUUCCCUCCUUAAACUAGAAGCGGAUUUGGAAUCCUUACAGAUAGUGAUGGCUAGGAAGUGUAUGCUGGUUAUUGGAAAGAAAAUUUCUAUGAGGGAGAAGGAAAAUUAAAAAAUUUGUAAGUCGAAAUAAUAUCUGGCACUUAUGAUUACAAUAAUAUGACAAAUAUUGGAAAUGGAUGGGAGUUUUAUGAAGGUAUUAUGUAUGACUAUCAAAUUAGGUAAGUUUGAAGGAGGCAAAAUGCACGGAUAAGGCACAUUGGUUCUGUCAAAUUAGGAAAAAUAUGUUGGUCAAUUUGAUGAUGGCAUGAUACAUGGAGAAGGUGAAUUUAUAACUAAUAAUGAUACUGUGGUCAAAGCAAUAUGGAAUUAAGGAAUUUUAGAAUAAUAUAUUGAAUGAUUUAUUAAUUUUUCUUCAUUCAAAGCCAGGU